GUGCUCUUCCCCUCAUUUGGCGCCACGUCAGUCGUUCCCGAUUCUACGAAACGCGGCUGGCAUGGCAGUUCUGAUUGGGUUACCCACACGACGCUUGGUUUGAGUGGCCGAAUGAGUCCAGAUCUCUCUCCAUUCCAUCAUGGUUCUCAGCCCAGGGGACUCCUUCGCUGUCUGCACACGGAUGGACAUUUGGCGCGGGGACUCCGCUGACUGUAUCAGUCGCAGAACACCACGCUCGAUGGCUCAGCCUCAUUCGACACGAUUCUGCUGUGCCGGGCGUCGACUUCCUCAUGAGUAGAGCCACCAGGAUUGCCCCGGCUGUGCAGCUGAUCUUGCACCGCACGGAACAUUUGGAGACAGGCGGGAGUGCGGUGGAGUGCGUCGAGGUGAAACGGCCUCCCCCGGGUUCCCGGCACACAAAUACGAACCACGCCUUAUAGACAUCAUCGCGCGGCCCAGCAAGCACUGAUUGCUCGGCCCUGUGCCUAUCAACCACGCCCCUCCGGCUCGGCUGGUCACCCGGAUGCAUGAGAGCUGGCUGGUUGUCGUCGCGCUCGAAGCAAGUGGGGCGGAUUUGCUCGAUGGCGUGCGCAGACACACGAGGGGGUUCUGUUUGUCAGGGAUGGGGCGGAGGCGGCUGUAAUCUGUGCGCGGCUGGUGUAUGAUCAUGCAGGCUCUGUCUGCUCCGUCACAUCCCGAGACCCACCGUUCCGUAGCCUGACGCCCGACUACCGCAACAUCAUCUCGUUCUCCAUUGAUGUCUCAAGAGCUGCCACUUCUCAGAUCCACUGCCGUGAACUGCUUGUGUUCUGCCAGUAGUUCUGAUCGCUUCCGCACCAUUGAGGCUAGAGCCAUUGGCGACAUGCAGCAGCAGCAGGACCUCCAAAUCGCUGUACCAUUGUGCGACAUCCAAUGGCCUCACUCCAAAGGCUGUCUAGGCCUACCCUUCUCAGCCUGCCGCAUCCUUCAUUCUCAUCCAUCGUCCGGUUUCGCCCAAAUCGGCGGGGGAACGCCG